AUGAAGGUUGCAGUGAAGGAAAGUUGCAUGGUCAAACCUGCCAAGGAAACACCGAGGCAGCGCCUGUGGCUCUCCAACUUGGACCAGUUGUUCGUCCAAAAUAAUGCUCACAUGACGAUGCUGCAACCUUACAGGCACGACGGCUCUCACAAUUUCUUCGACGGCAGGGUGAUGAAGGAGUCCCUGAGCCAGGCCCUCGUCGCCUUCUUCCCGGCGGCGGGGAGAUUGGUCCGAGAUGAAUCCGGCAGAUUCGAAAUCGACUGCGGUAGCCAAGGCGUCCUUUUCGUGGAGGCCGAAACUAAUGCCACCAUUUCCGACAUGGGCGAAUUCCACCCUGCUCCUGAGCUGUUGCAGUUAAUCCCACAAGUUGACUUCUCCAAAGCAAUCUCCUCCAUCCCACUGCUUCAUCUACAGGUGACAAGAUUCCGAUGCGGUGGAGUUUGCCUCGGGAUUGGGUAUCACCAUGGCCUCUCCGACGGUACAGGAUCCUACAAUUUGUUCACCACGUGGUCUCUCCUGGCGCGUGGCCUACCCGCGGCGACGAACCUGCCGCCGCCUCUCCUCGACCGGACAAUCCUCCGAUCAAGAUCUCCACCGGCUCCGACGUGCCAGCACCCCGAGUACGACGACGACCAGCAGCAAACCCCACGACCACCUCGGACGUUGACCUCCACAAGGAACCUAAACCUAUCCGUUGACCAAAUCACGCGCCUGAAAGACGAAGCCUGCAGCAACAACUACACCACCUACGAGGUGGUGGCGGCGCACAUCUGGCGGUGCGUGACACUCGCCCGCAGGUUCGCCGACCAAGACCAGACCGUCCCUCUGCACGUCACCGUCGACGGUCGGAGGAGGUUCGACCCGCCGCUGCCACGUGGCUACUUCGGCAACUGCCUGUUCUACGCCAUGGUGGAGGCUACGCCGGCGGAGCUGGGGUCGGAGCCGCUGCAGCAGACGGCCAAGAGAAUCCGGAGGGCGAUAAAGAGGAUUGAUGACGUGUACAUGAGAUCGGCCAUCGACUAUUUGGACCGGGCCGGGGCCCGGAUCCCGGGGAGUUCCGGGUCGCCCCACCUCAAGGUCGUGAGUUGGGCCCAACUGCACUUCGCGCUCAACUUCGGGUGGGGCGACCCGAUUUUCAUCCGGGCCCCGAAUUUUGAAGGAUCGUGUUUCAUACUGUCGAAACCCAACGACGGAGACGACGGCGUGUCGUUCUCCAUUUGCUUGGAUGCCGCCGCGAUGGAGAGAUUCAAAGGGUUGUUGAAUUCUACGUGGCCGCAACUGCUUUGUCAUAUGUGA